AAAAGCAACUUAAAAUCCAAAUUUUUAAAAAUUUAAAAACCUCUAACAAAUUUAAAAAAAAAAAAAUUACAUAUUCCACCCUUCUAAUAACCUACAAUAUCAUAUACCCCACUUUAUACCUUUUCACAUUGCUCCAAAACAGGUGGCUUCUAACGAAUUCCAAACUUCAUGAGGGCCUUAAUAAAAACAAAAUCAAAAAGUCAAAAAGUCAAAAAAUUUAAAAUAUAGUUAAUAAUUUUAUAAAUCUCCAUGAAAAACUCUACCAGCGUUGUGGGCCCCAUCCUUCAACGGGCCCCACCACCUCCCUCCUCUCUCUCUCUCUCUCUCUCUCUCUCUCUCUCAACCCAAACGUUCGGCACUCCGCCAUUGAAAUCAAGAACAAGAACCCCAUUCUCCAUCUCCAUCGCCAUUAGAGAGAGAGAGAGCUCCCAAGCUCUCUUCUGAGCUUGAAAUCAAGAUAUGAUACUAGAGAAAGAGUCCUAGAGAGAGAGAGAGAGAGAGGAGGGAGGGGGAUGAAAGAGAAGAGAAGAGGGCGAGAAGGAGGAGGAGAUGGGGGGUUGAAGAAAGGUCCAUGGACGGCGGCGGAGGAUGCUGUGUUGGCAGAGUACGUCCGCGACCAUGGUGAGGGUAAUUGGAACGCCGUUCAGCGCAACAGCGGCCUCUCCCGUUGCGGCAAGAGCUGCCGUCUCCGAUGGGCCAAUCACCUCCGUCCUAAUUUGAAGAAGGGUGCGUUUUCCCCCGAAGAGGAGCUUCUUAUCCUUCGCCUUCAUGCUCAGCUCGGCAACAAAUGGGCUCAAAUGGCUGCCCAUCUCCCUGGAAGGACGGACAACGAGAUCAAGAACUAUUGGAACACCAGGAUCAAGCGCCGGCAACGCGCCGGCCUCCCGCUCUACCCGCCGGAGGUACAAUGCCAGCCAAGAUUCUUUAACGCGCCGCUGCCACCACCAUCGCCUUUCUCCUUCUCCGAUCCGGUGAGUUUCCCGCCACCACAGCCCCCGAUGCUCACGUUCAGCAACAAUUCAGUGGCGCCGCAGCUCUCGUCGAUCCCGAGGUACCGGGACCAUGGCGAGGGUUCGGGCUCGUCCUUCCAGAUAAGCCCCCAGAUUCCUCUGUCGAUCAAGAUGGAGCUCCCUUCAAACCAAGUAUUCCCCGAUCCCGGGGUUUCGCCGGCGCCAGCGCCGGCAUUAACGAAUAGCGGCCUGUUGGACGCCCUUCUCGAGGAGGCACAGCGUCUUGGGGAUCGUCACUGCGGUGACUUCCUCAGCUCGCCGCCACCUCCGCCUCCGGACGAUCAAUCCCUGGGCAUGAACCACCUUCAUUGUGGUGAUGUAGCACCACCAUUAUCCUUCAAAGCCGAAGUCGGAAUCAAGAGAGAAUUAGAUGAUGAGAUCAGUCAGGUGCAUGAAGAUAUAUCAACACUGCUCGACAUGAUUCCGACAGCCCCACUGCCACUAUCUCCGGCAAUCCCUGAACAGUACAAUGACAGUGGUGAGCUGUCUAAUGGGCCAUCAUCAGCUGCAACCGAAGAUGAUGUCUGGCUUGACAUGCAACAGCUAGGCUCACCCUUGUCCGGCACUCAGACGGAACAGACCUGGAGCAUUGGCACUUGCUCUUGGAACAACAUGCCGGGAAUUUGCUGAGUUCUUCUUCAUUCAGGUGAUCAUUACUCUUGGCUUCUGAGAGACCUUCUAAUCAUGUUCCAAUGCCUAAUAUUUUGGAGUGAUUGCUUAUUAAUUCUUAUUAUAACUGCGAACAACCGAGCUGUGUGUCGAUAAUUUUUGUUUACUUAUAUGAAACAUCUGAAUAACUUCAAAAAUAAAUUCAAAAAACGCAGAUAAAUGGUCCCUAAAUUAUUAUUGUAUGAAA